CACAGCACGGCUCAUCUUUUACAGGCUGAAGCAGAUAGGAGUACCAAUGCCGGAAUGGAACCCUAUUCUUGGCCACCUGCCAAUGCUACCUCGUCUACUAAACCAGCUCCCCAAAGGGGCACAGCAAUCAUAUUGCUUCGGUCUCUUGACCCGCGACUUCCCGAACAGUGACGGGCUCUUCUAUAUCGAUCUAUGGCCUUUCUCACUACCAAUAAUUAUCGUAUCUACGCCAGAACUCGCCCACCAAGUUGGCCAAGAAUAUGAUUUGCCAAAGCCUGACUCGCUUAAACCCUUUUUUAAGCCAAUCACUGGAGGCUUGGGACUUUUUAUGAUGAAUGGCGAAGAUCAUAAGUCUUCACGAGCACUUUUCACCCCAGGGUUUAGUGCGAAUGUGAUCUUGGAGCACACAGGAAACAUUGUCGACCAAGCGCAAGUGUAUGUGGAGAUCUUGCGCGAGUAUGCAAAUAAAGGAGAAAUCUUUUCGCUUGAUGCAAUUACUUGCUGGUAUAUGAUGGACGUCAUUGGAGCCGUUAGCCUAGAUGCACAACUUAACUCGCAAAGACAACACAACGACCUAGCCUCCGCUAUGAGAAAUCAGAUUCAGCGACACAUUCGAGAAGAGGAGAUGAAUCCAUUCAAACGCUACAACCCAAUGCGGCCUAUUAUGGAGUGGUAUAAUGGAUACAUGAUGGAUCGUUACAUCUGCGCCGAACUAGACAAGCGGUACCAAGAAUGGAGAUCAGCAAAGCUAAGCAAGCCCAAGACGAAAUCCGUCAUAGAUCUCGUUAUCGCCGAAUAUAUGCGUGAGCGCUGUGCAGGAGACACCUUGGAUGUACGGUUUAAAUCCUGGGCAUGUGCACAGAUUAGAUUGUUCCUGUUUGUUGGACACGAUUCUACCGCCGCGACGAUUGUCUAUAGCUUUUAUCUUCUCUCCAGGCACCCAGCAGCUUUAGAGCGUGUGAGGAAGGAGCAUAACGAAGUGUUCAGCGCCGAUCUAUUAAUCACACCUCAGCUCCUAAAGGAGCAACCUCAACUAAUCAACCAACUUCCAUACACCACCGCAGUCAUUAAGGAAUGCUUGCGUCUCUUUCCGCCAGCCGCGGCUUUCAGGGGUGGUCUCGCAAACGUUUCUCUACGCGGCAGCAACGGCCAGAAAUAUCCGACAGAUGGAAUGGGCGUUUGGGUCCUUCACGACGCCAUUCACCGCCACCCAAACUACUGGCCAAGACCGUCUGAAUUCCUUCCUGAGCGCUGGAUGGUAGGCCCCGACCACCCGCUGUAUCCUCCGAAGUGGGCGUGGCGGCCUUUUGAGUACGGCACUCGCAACUGCAUUGGUCAGACUUUAGUCAUGCUGGAUGUGAAGGUCACGUUAGCAAUGACAAUACGGGAGUUUGAUAUUCAGAAUGCAUAUAAGGAGUGGGAUCAGUUUAAUUCGUCAAAAGGGAUCAAGACUGUGGAUGGAGAGCGAGCGUAUCAGAUCUCGGCAGGAUCGUCUCACCCAGCUGAUGGGUUUCCUUGCCGCGUUUCUAUCAGACAAGGAAAAUGAGGUGGAAUCUCCCUUGGCCGAACACAAACACACCCGACAUCUAAUAAAAAAGUUUGCAUGUGAGAGGGUGGAUAUCCCCUCCCCAUGAAAGGACCACCCUUGGUAACUUUUUCUACUAAAGGAUCGGCGAAGGUGGAUAGCGAGUUCUCAGGUGAAUUGCUCGAGAUUGCACCAUUGGGCGGGUAGCACUUCAAUACUGACUAUCUACUUUUAUUACAUUGCAUUAAUGAGUCUAAGCAAUAUUUUCGUCGCUUGUCAUUUGAAUAUGUUAUUAGGGCUCAAUUAUAUCACCCCGGACAAUUGAUCAGAGAUGACCGAGUUUAUCAGCACUAUUAAGCA